AUGAACACCGACCAAGAAAUCUUGUCAAACACGUUGAGCUUCUACAACUCUGGCCCUGAUUUUUCCGAGACCGGGGUGAAGCCGCUCAGAGUCCAAGUCGACGCUAGUAAGCCGAUUCCUGCUGCAGAAAAUGCCUCUUCUUCGAUCUUGCCUUGUGAAAAGUUGAAGAUUGUGGACGGCCACUUUGUCGAUGCUCUGGGCCGCAAAAGAGUGCUCAAGGGUAUCAAUGUCGAUAACAGCAUGAAGCUUCCCGUGACGCCUUUUCUGCCUUCUUAUGGAGGAAAUUCUCUGGACCCCAGUAACAUCUUCUUUGAAGGAGAUACAGUGAGUUUUGUGGGAAGACCCUUUCCCUUGGAAGAAGCUGAACAGCACUGGAGGAGAAUUAAGAGUUGGGGAUACAAUGUCGCUCGUUGCGUUCUCACUUGGGAAGCUAUUGAACACGAAGGUCCUGGGAAGUACGAUGACGACUUUGUCAAUUACACCAUCGAGAUGUUGAAAAUCGUCCACAAGGUGGGUGGAAUUUACGUCUUUUUGGAGAGUCACCAGGACGUCUGGUCUCGUUACUCGGGCGGUUCUGGAGCCCCCAUGUGGACUUUCUACGCUGCUGGUCUUCAACCUCUUAACUUUUCAGCAACCGAGGCUGCUAUCUGCCAUAAUGACGCCAGAUUCACUAAUCCCACCGACUCGGAAUGCUACCCCAGAAUGUUCUGGCCCACUAACUACAACCGCUUGGCGAGUCUCACCAUGUUCACCAUGUUCUUUGCUGGAAAAGUGUACUUUCCUCACCUUGAGAUCGACGGGGUGAAUAUCCAGACCUACCUCCAGAGUCGUCACCGGGACGCUUUGGCCCACUUGACCAAAAGAGUGACUGAAUCGCUUCCUGAGUUGGUGGAAGACGGCACAAUUUUGGGUUUUGAGUCGUUAAACGAACCCCACAUGGGUCUUAUUGGAAAUCCUGAUUUGGGCAGAAUCUCUGAAGACCAACAUAUCCGAUUAGGCACCACCCCUACCUUCUACCAGAGCGUGCUUUUGGGAAUGGGGCUUCCUGUGGAAGUAGAAACCUACCUCAUUUACCUUUCUGGACCGGUCAAACAGGGUUCUCAGAUAGUCGAUCCUCAGGGUAAGAAAGCCUGGCUUUCUGCUGAAGAAUUCGCCAAGUACGACAAACAUUACGGCUGGAAACGCUCAGGAUGGACCCCAGGCGAGUGUAUCUACUCUGGUUUGAAAAUCUGGGAGUGGUCUAGGGCGUUUGACUUGGACAAAAUCAACACCCUUCCUUUGGAUACAAGACUCGAGUUUUCCAGAAGCCAGUGCCGUUUGCUUCAGCCUGGCUACUUCAACGACGCUUCCAGACUUUCUGCUUACCUUGGCGGAAAAGCACCUCCAAAGUCGCUUGACAUGGAAUUCUUCCUUGCCAACUUCUUUGUGGACUUCUACUUGGACUAUAAGCAGCUGGUCCGGAAGAUCAACAAGGACUACUUGAUGCUUAUCCAGCCGCCCAUUUUCACUCCUCCUCCGUAUCUUGGAAAAGACGACAGAGGCGUUAUUGACGACAAAACCGUCUACGCUCCACAUUACUACGAUAUCAUGACGCUCUUGUUGAAGAACUGGAACGAACACUUCAAUUCCGAUUCUUUGGGAAUCAGCAGAGGCCAGUACGCCCAUCCUUCCCUAGGCGUUGUUGUUGGCGAUAAAGCGAUCAGAAACUGCAUUGCCAAGCAGCUCAAGUUCAUCGUCCAAGAAGGAAAGCAGAGGUUGGGUAACAUUCCAGCGCUUUUGACCGAAACCGGGAUUCCUUUCGACAUGAACAACAAGAAGGCCUUUGAGGAUUAUAAGUACACUUUGCAAACCACCGCUUUGGACACUGUAGCCAAUGGUUUAGAGCAGCUGGGGUUGCACCACACUUAUUGGUCGUAUUGUGCAAUUAACAGCCACGAAUAUGGCGACCAUUGGGAUAACGAGGAUUUCGCUUUUUGGUCUCCUGAAGAUCAAGGAAAGAACCUUGGAAAAGGAGAAUCUUUUGAAGACCGUAUCAAAAAUUGCUUUCCUUCAGAAGACGGCGUUCGUGCUCCUAGUGCCGUUAUCAGACCUUUCUUAGUAUCCUAUAAAGGCGAGGUUAAGGCGGUGGAAUUUGAUAUCAAGAAAUCCAAGUAUUCGCUUAGUCUUGAUUUGAAUGGUCAGGAUGAUACACCUACAAUUAUUUAUGUUCCAAAAUGGCACUUUCCAGAUUUGUCGUACAACGAUAUCUAUGCCACUUCUGGUGACGUCAAGUACAAUGAGGAGCUUGAGUAUUUGGAAUGGUACCACCCAGAAGGUGCUGGUAUUGAAACUAUCAUUAUCAAGAAGUACACUGGAAAGAUGGAUGAUGUGACAAAGAGGGAGGAAAGCCAUGCUUUCUGCACCAUCGUUUAA